AGACUUCUUAUAAACACUUUAAAUAUAUUUACAGUCUUUGAUUUGCAUAAGCGUUCAAUUAUUGCGUCAGACAAAUUAUCACCGAGACAAAAAGAUCAAAGACCACAUCGAAAAGGAAUGCAGUUAUCAAUUGAUAAUUUAUGGCCAACCAGGCCUUUAUUUCACAAUACCACGUAUAUUCCGUAUGUUAAACGUUACUUGCUCUCACAGAGCCCCACUGCAAUAAUAACUCAAUAAUAACUCCUUUAUUAAGCGUUAUAAAAAAAUAUGAUAGAAAACUUUUCGACUCAGUUUGGUCCGCUCUAUCUGCACACGAGUAUUGUCCCCAAUGAUCUGGGACACCCUGUAUAUUCUAAUACAUUUUAGAUGAGGUUAUUGCAGAGAAAUAUUGAAAGUGCAUUCUAAUAAUAAGAGCAGAUCUACAGUGAAGAUGAAAUUCGAUUUGUAAAUAAAAACCGCAGAGGUCGAUUUUCAUCGUUGCUCUGAUUAACGCAACGAAUUAAUUAUCUUAAUAAACGCUCUCUAUAUAGAGAUAAUCUCUACAUCGUGAAUUAUUGUGAACAAUGUAUGAAAGCGAUGACGAACAACCGCGAUUGAGCUCGAGCACGCUUGCUGCACUAGAAGAAUUUCUCAAGGAAAGAUAUGAGCAACAGAUUUUGCUGGAACAUGUAUCUAAGGAAGAUCAAAUAUCAAAUAAUCUGUUUGAUGAGAAUUGGCAAUUGAGCCAAUUUUGGUAUGAUGACAAAACAAUAGAGGCUUUUGUUAGAGGCGCAUUAAAUUCCACACCAGCAAACGGAAAAAUUGCUUUAGUUUCUUGUCCAACACUUUACAGUAAAUUGAAGAGAGAAUGCGAUAAAAGGCAAAUUACGCUGUUUGAAUAUGAUAGUCGUUUCAAGACAUUUGGUGUAGAUUUCAUACAAUAUGAUUACAAGUCUCCUCUAAACGUGCCCAAACAUAUGUCUAGUCAGUUUGAUUUGGUCAUAGCAGAUCCACCAUUUCUAUCGGUUGAAUGUUUAACUAAAACAGCGGUAACAAUAAAGUUUUUGAUGAAGAAGAACAUUGUGCUCUGUACAGGAGCUGUCAUGACAGAGUUGGCAGAAAGACUGUUGGAUGUCAAAAAGUGUGAUUUUAUUCCAGGCCACAGGAACAAUUUGGCGAAUGAAUUUUGCUGCUUCUCGAAUUUCGAUUUUGAUAAAACUCUGGAAUAAGUGUAAACAGUAUUAAGAACAGCACCAAAGACAGAUAUAUUUUCAUAAUAUAAGUAAACUAAUAAGAUUAUUAAUAUUUAUCUAGAAUCAAUAUAAAUGGAUUUAAGUAUCUAGAUUUAGCCAACAAAUUUUAAUAAACUUAUUAUUUUGCACCAUUUAUACAUAUGUGAAAACACGCAACAAUCCAUUAAAAUUUAUUAUGAUAUCAACAUUACACCGAUUUAUCUCUUCGGUGCGAGCAUUAUGAUUGGUUGUGACUUGUGACGAGAGAGAAAUUUUUGAGAGGUAGGGAGAAUCGAAACACAGGAUGAUAUUGGUAUACUUCUAUGUACCCCCCUUACCUAAGGGACGAAUCGUUGACGCGCAGUACACAAUGUACCUUGGAUAAAUUUUAAUUGAUGUUGAUAUGUAUGUGUGCUCAUAAGUCAAAUUAUUUAUCUUCAUAUGUAUUACCUUAAAAAUUGUUUGCAUAUAUAUGCUCCAGCCACUUUGCAGUAAUAAACGCCUGUUCGAAAAAAA